CAAAUGGUGAUGAGCCUGCGCGUGUCAGAGCUGCAGGUUCUGCUAGGCUACGCGGGCCGCAACAAACACGGGCGAAAACAUGAGCUCUUAACCAUGGCCCUGCAUCUCCUGAAAGCCGGCUGCAGCCCCGCCGUGCAGAUGAAGAUCAAGGAACUGUACUGCAGACGCUUCCCCACCAAGAUGGGCUCUCCCUCAGAGCUGGUCCUGCCCGGACCACACUACCCUGCCUCGGGAGGAGGGGCCGGAGGAGGGGGCACUGCCGCCCUGCCUGCCGGCCUCAGCCAGCUGGCGUAUGAGGGCCACGGGCACGGGGGAGUACCCUCGCCGGCCGCCCUGCUGCCCAUCUCGUUGCUGGGGCCUGGCAAGCACGAGCUCAGCGGGCUGGCGCACCACCUGCCCACCUCGGCCACCCUGCAUCCGGUGCACCCAGACGUCAAGCUGCAGAGGCUGCCCUUCUACGAUAUGCUGGACGAGCUCAUCAAGCCCACCAGUCUAGCUUCGGACAACAGCCAGCGGUUUCAGGAAACGUGUUUUGCGUUCGCACUAACGCCGCAGCAAGUCCAACAGAUUAGCAGCUCAAUGGACAUCUCGGGGACCAAAUGUGACUUCACAGUACAAGUUCAGUUACGGUUUUGUCUCUCUGAGACGAGUUGUCCUCAGGAAGACCACUUUCCGCCCAAUCUGUGUGUGAAGGUGAACGGGAAGCCAUGCAACCUCCCGGGUUAUCUUCCUCCAACGAAAAACGGUGUGGAGCCGAAGCGCCCUAGCCGGCCCAUCAACAUUACCUCAGUGGUCAGACUAUCCACCACAGUCCCCAACACCAUCGUGGUGUCUUGGACCUCAGAGGUUGGAAGGCACCUUCUGUGUUUUCAGAGCUACUCUAUGGCGGUGUACCUGGUCAAGCAGCAGUCGUCCACAGUACUGUUGCAGAGACUACGGUCCAAAGGCAUCAGGAACCCAGACCAUUCCAGAGCACUCAUCAAAGAGAAGCUAACGGCAGAUCCAGACAGUGAAAUCGCCACCACCAGCCUGCGUGUGUCGCUGCUCUGUCCGCUGGGGAAGAUGCGUCUGAUGAUUCCGUGCCGGGCGCUGACGUGUUCCCACCUGCAGUGUUUUGACGCUACGCUGUACAUCCAGAUGAAUGAGAAGAAACCCACCUGGGUUUGUCCCGUCUGUGAUCAGAAAGCCCCCUACCAACAUCUCAUCAUUGACGGGUUGUUCAUGGAGAUCCUGAACAGUUGUGUAGACUGUGAUGAGAUCCAGUUUAAGGAGGAUGGCUACUGGGCCCCCAUGAGGACAAAGAAGGAAGUACAGGAGGUCUCGUCAGCCUCCUACAGCAACGGACUGGAAGGCUUGCAUCGGUCGGCGGUAGGGGAGCAGAGGAGCUCGUCGUCCCACAACGGGGGCAGCAGUAGGAUGAAGGUGGAGGUGAUCGACCUAACCCUGGACAGCUCCUCAGAGGACGACGAUGAUGACCAACCGCCCAUCAAGAGGCCCUGCCCCUCCCUGUCCCCCACCUCGCCUCCCAUCGUCAACAAGGGAGUGUUGAACCUGCACCACCAGGUGUCCCCAGUGAGCCGGACCCCCAGCAUGCCGUCUGUGGACACCAGCUACAUCCCCCCUGUACCUCCCCUCAUCCAGGACUACCGUCCAUACUACCACGCCCCAAACCAGCUCACAGAUCUAAAUUUCUUCUCCUUUCUACAAGGGGACAAUCAUCAGCAUUACAACAUGGUGAUGGCCGCCGCCGCUGCUGCCUCGGCCUCAGACGACCACGAGCUCCUUCUCAACCACUUCCGUCCCUACACCACCUCCUCGUCCUCCUCCCAGCUGUUCCUGGACCAAUCUGGGGCGCCCUCCUCUGGCUCGCUGGCGCCCGUCAACGGUGCUGAUGGUGGAGGAAACAGCAGUGGUGGCAGCAGCAGUAGCCUCGUAUCCUCUAGCAGUCUCAGAGACACUCACAGCACACACUCCACACACUCACACACACACCCCACGCACUCACACACACACCCCACGCACUCACACACACACCCCGGGGUAGGAGGUCGGUCCAGUGCUGAUGUGGUGGCGGCCGCAGCCCUCUACGAGGCCAUCCCCGACGUGAUCUCACUAGACUGACGAUUUUGUUUUUGGCGACUAGCGACUGACUCCGAAACAGAGGGUUUGUUGGUUGUUUAAUGGAGGAUACCGUCAUGACUACUAAACUGACGCAGAACCAGUUUAACGGUCCCACCCAGUCGACAGCUCUGGUUUUGAGUUGUGUCGUUAAGGCUGACUCCAGAACAGUGGAAUACCUGUCUGUGGCGGAGCCGGUCCCGAGGUGUCGUUUGACUGGGCUGACCCAGGCACAGUUAUAAAGUCACACCCCACAGAUGGAUGAGAUUGGCACCUAGUGUUGCUAGACUGACUCCAGAACAGUUAUCGGUUGGUAGCUGGCUCCCUGACGACAUUCCACUAGACUGAUUCCAGAACAGUGAGAUAGAGAGGUCUAUGGGUUUCAUCUCUGAAGUCGACGGACUAGACUGGACCUAGAUCAGCUCCCUGCCGGUACCUACCAGAAACGCUAGCCGUGCAAAAGCGGAGGAAGGCUUCUUUUUUUUGUACGAAAGAGCAACGCUGUGUACAGAGAACAAAAAAUAUAUUUUCUCUUUUUACUUUUGUAUAUUAAUUAAUGAAAGACUUUUUCUGUCCCGUAAGUAACUUCAGUUGCUGUUUUGAAGUGGAGACUGAAGAUGUAUCCACACAGCUAUACAUACGUUGCCCCUCUAUAAUCUUAACUUUAAUAUCUCAUUACUUUUCUUUGGUUUUUAUCCUGUUAGAUCUGAUGGGGAUUCUCCUCACUCAUCCAUGGCAUUACUUCUUGACAUUUUCAACUUAUCAAUCUCCCUCUACUCUUCAUUUUGAAAUCACAGUUGAAUUUCUUCUCCAAGACAAUAUCUUUUCCCUGGUUGACUUGUUUGUUACUGUGUCAUUUGUUUUGGUAUUAUGCGUUCUAAGUUAUAUGUAAGAUAUAUGAAUAAGUCUCUCUGGAUAAGUGGAUCUGCUAAAUGACAUGCAUUCCCUAAGGAGUUCAGGUUGAUGCUGUGGGGAGUGCAAAGCUAGGUGGGUAAUAUUAGACAUUUCUGCUUUUCGUCUCUGUAAAGGGCCAGUGCAGUCAGAAUUCUGUGUUCUGGAGUUUUUAUCAUAGUGCACAACAGCUGAUGAAACUAACAUGGUAAAAGUGUGAAAAAAACGUAAAUCAGUUUUAUUUCCUGAUAGUUGCUGGUUGAAAAUAAUCUACACAGGGCCUUCUAAUCAGCAGGUUUGCAUGGGCGGGAGUUUCAGCUUUACAUGGUGACAUCACCAUGUGGUAAAUUGGUUGCUAGACCAAUAGCAAAGAGACUUCCAAACAUCUCUGCCAAUAACAGCUAUUUUUCAGUUUCCCCCCCUUCCCACUCGGACCAGUCUCGGACCAGUCUCAGACCAUCCUCGGCAAAAUUCUUGCUUUAGAGCGUUUUUCCCCCCCUAAAAAGCCAUUUUUGCCCAUUUUUAUGGACAUCUAUUACAGUAACGUACUUCAUGUUACCCAGAAAUUAUUUGAUAUCGAUAUAUAAAUGGCUGCAUUGGGCCUUUCAUUUCUCCCCCCCUUCAAUAGACCAUCUGUGCAGUCAUUAUGCACAAUAUUUCAAUUUGACAACAUUUCAGAAAAUGUGUUCACAAUUUUAUGGUUAUUAAAACUAUGGUAGACACAGAAUGCCUAUUUGACUUGAGAAAUACUCUACAGUAAUUUUAUGCUUUUAUUUGAAACCUCGUUAUAUUCUGUUGUUUUUACUUAUUCAACCACUUGUGUCACCUUUUGCACAAGACCAAAAAUGAACUCAACCCACACAGAGAGCAUGUGUAUCUGGGCACUACAUUGCUUUCAGUCAACUAUCCUCCACCUAUCACACGCUCUUCCUCUCUGUUUUCACCUGGUUGUUUGUGAGACACUGCAGCUGAACUCAUAGCAUAGAGGAGUACCCGUAGAGACGGAGGGGAGUACCCGUAGAGACGGAGGGGAGUACCCCGUUAGAGACGGAGGGGAGUACCCCGUUAGAGACGGAGGGGAGUACCCCGUUAGAGACGGAGGGGAGUACCCCGUUAGAGACGGAGGGGAGUACCCCGUUAG